AUGGCUUCCACUACUGCACUACCCUGGGCGCCGGAGUACAGUGGUAUCCCUGAGGUCCCUUCGGGGGCUAAAUCAUCUCUUUUAAGUCCUCCCCACGACAUGCUCGAUUCCAGCGCGGAACGAACUUGGCCUGAAAACAAUUGGCCAGAGUACAAGGGGGAGGCGACACAUACCAUCCCGGAAGAGUGUGAGAGACUCUUCUGUGACAAACUGUCUGCGACAUUCCUGGGUGAGAGGAGUUUCGUGCGACAGGAGUCGCUGGGGAUGGAUGCGUUCAAUAACAUGCAGCCAAAUCGAAUCGGGCAUCGGCAUGACCGAAUCCAUCAAUGGAUUGAAGUGUGGGAUUACUCCGGAGACGCCAUUUACCGCGGAUUUGUGGCGGAACAUAAUAAGGAGCGGACCUUGUUUGUGUUCUUUGAGGAACAUGCACUUGACCACGGCCUCAAAUCAAGUCUAAUUGCUCUGUUUGAACUUGCCGAUAUCGCCACCUUUGGAUGCUCCCAGAUAGUCGCCUGUGUCAGCCGGUCCCAGCGUACCGAUGAAAUGGAGCUUGUUCGAAGCCUAGGAUGGUGUGGAUUUAGCCUCACUACCUUGGCGCCCUGGGUCCUAAAUGGUGAUCAAGAGCCAUGUCUUAGUAACAAAUGGCUCUUCUUGGUAGCUGAAAUUUAG